CGCUCAUGUCAACUUGGCAAAGUCACUGCGUCUAAUCGAUGCUACAGCGUCUAAUCAGCCGAGCCUUCAACAGGCGUUGCGCUUGACAGGCGUCAUUCGCCAACUUGCUGCGUCCCUGCCACUUUCUUCUUUUGCCACGAUGCUGCGCUCGCUCCUCUCGCUGCCCCGCACUUCCUUCCUCACUCAUGGCGUGCGUAGUGCUUAAAUUAAAGCUGUCCUGUAACUCGCUCUGAGACUGAAGUUGUCUAUUGUCGUAAUUGCAACAGGUCCGUCCAACCAACGCCCGCGCACCGCUCGUGGCUUCGCUGCUGCAAAAUGGAACGCGGUGCUUCAGUGCACCGCGUGAGGACAACAAAACGUCCAUCCUGUUGCAGGUGGAGGACGGCCCCGGCGCGCUGCAGGAGACGCUCAAGUUUUUCUGGAAGCACGACGUCAACAUGACGCGUAUCGAGUCGCGUCCCGCCAAGGGCCACAACAUGAACUACAGCUUCUUCAUUGAUUUCGAGGGAAAGAGCGGCCAACACAAGGUGAACGAUCUCAUGGCCGACCUCGAGAAGAACUGCCUCGACGUCAUGGUGCUGAAUGACAAGAAGGUGCCGUGGUUCCCGCGUAAGAUUAACGAGCUGGAUCGCUCGGUAGCCAACAUUCUGGACGCCGGAACGGACCUGGAAUCGGACCACCCAGGCUUUAGCGACCAAGAGUACCGCCGACGUCGCAACAUGUUCGCAGAGAUUGCCCAGAACUACCGUCAAGGAGACCCGAUUCCUCGUCUGGACUACACACAGGAUGAGAUUAAAACAUGGGGCGUUAUCUACAAGCGUAUGAAGGAGAUGUGGAAGCAGCACGCUUGCGAUGAGUUUAACUACAUUAUCCCGCUCCUCGAGAGCAACUGUGGUUACGCCGAGGACAACAUCCCGCAACAAGAGGAUAUCUCGAACUUCCUCAAGGAGUGCACGGGUUUCACUCUGCGUCCGGUCGGUGGCUUGCUUUCGUCGCGUGAUUUCCUGAAUGGACUUGCGUUCCGUGUCUUCUUCUCGACGCAGUACAUUCGCCACCACUCGAUGCCGCUGUACACGCCGGAGCCUGAUAUUUGCCACGAACUGAUGGGUCACGCCCCCAUGUUUGCUGACCCCGACUUUGCGGACUUUUCGCACGAAGUUGGUCUUGCCUCUCUCGGAGCAUCAGACGAAGAGAUCGAGCGUCUUGCCACGUGCUACUGGUUCUCAGUGGAGUUUGGAAUCACAAAACAGCGUGGUGAAUACAAGGCCUACGGAGCUGGACUGCUUUCGAGCUUCGGCGAGAUGGAGUACGCCUGUGCAGCCAACCGCCCUGCAGGCAGUGAUAUGCCCGAGUACCGUCCUUGGGACCCGUUCUCGGCCUGCAAGCAGAAAUACCCCAUCACUACCUAUCAGCCUGUGUACUACGUCGCUGACAGUUUGGUAAGGAUAUGUCGAUUCACUGUUGACUUGCUGGUUUAUUAAUGUUUGUUUUCCCCUCCGUUUUCUUAUCAGUUCGAUGCAAAGGAGAAGAUGCGUGGCUUCUGCGAAGACUUGAAGAAGCCAUUCCAGGCUCGUUACGACCCGUACUCUCAGACGGUGUCGAUCGACCGUGCAGUGCAGCGCCAGGAAAUUUAAAAUCGCUCCGAUUCGCUCGUACAAUUCUUCAAUCGAUUGAUUUUGUUGUAAAUAACAAGUUACCAGUUUGCCUUCGUUUUAGCCACCUAUUUUUGAAGUUCAGGUAUAUACCUGGA